ACGUCAUCGGUGGAAAACCAAGCUAGCUCGGUCCGCACUCGUCUCGGUCUCGUGAGGUGUUCGCCACACACACUAGUCCGCACUCGUCCGGCGGAGAAAAAAACCUAAAACGGUCGAUUGUAAAAUGAUCUGCUAAUAUUAUUCCAAAACGUUAACGAAUAGAGGUUUUGGUAAAGGGCCUAAUGGAUUAAUGCAGCUGGCCAAGUGAACUCGACUGUCCGGUUUAAUUCUUACAUGUUUUUCAAGGCAACGGUUUCUCCUGUAUCUGUUCUCCGCUAAAAUUUAACUACCGACUGCAAUUAAAGGGUCCGUUAAUCCGUAAAGAGCAGCACCAACAGAACCAAGUGAAAAUGAUUGUACGCCGCCGAUCCCGACGCGCCCGCUUGUGGAACAUGGGGCUGCUGUUCCUAAUCUACUACUGCGUCAGCAUAUACUCCGCUAAAGGGGAUACCAGAGAGGGACAGCCCCUACCGCUAGAUGUGGGCAGUUUGGCCGAGGACGCCGGCGACGCAGAGACCAACGGAGAGGAUACUGCAGAGGGGAACACAGAGGCUAGCUCUGUCCUGCAAACCACACCGGCGUUUGAGGCCGUGGCGACCACGCAAUCCACUCCCAUACAUGGCGCCGUUCCCACCUGGCGUCCCAAACGGGAUAACUGCACGCCCCCGGCCAUCGAACAGUUCCCAGAGCCGCUGAUGAACAAGUGGGCGCGCCAGCACGGUGGCCUCAUCCUGCACAUCCUAGUUGCCGUCUUCACCUUUUUCGGCCUGGCAAUAGUGUGUGACGAGUACUUUGUGGCCAGUCUGGAUCGUUUGUGCGAGGAGCUAAAGCUUUCGCCAGAUGUUGCGGGAGCCACUUUUAUGGCUGCCGGAAGCUCGGCACCUGAGUUGGCCACUGUAGUAAUAGGAGUGUUUUUUGCCAAGGACGACAUCGGCAUUAGCGGAGUCAUUGGAUCAGCCGUGUUUAAUAUCAUGUUCGUAAUCUCCGUCUGCGCUCUGUGCUCGGGCACCGUCUGCCAACUGAACUGGUGGCCCCUGGUACGAGACUGCUUCUUUUACUGUGUCUCUAUCCUGGUUAUGCUGAUAAUCAUCUUCAACGACGUCAUAUCCUGCUUUGAGUCAGUGGUGAUGCUUCUCUGCUACGUAGGAUACUGUGUGGCCCUCCACUUUAACACAGAACUGGAACGUUGGGCGCUGGGUUUAAACUUACCCUUCAAACUUCCCAGCAAGGAGGAACAGUCGGCGCUGGUGACCUACAAGAACGUGCCCGAGAGCUCCUACACCCAAGAAAGUGCUGCCCAGGGACAGCAAGCCCCGAAAGACAGCGAGGACAGAAGUGCGGAGCCGCAGAACGACUACCAGAACUACAGUGAUCCCAAUGCCAGCUGGGACCCGAACGCCGCCUGGGGAGAGGAGGGCCAGAGCCAGCCGAAACCAGUGGCCAAUCUACCGACGGUUGACGACUGGGGCAUGGGCCAGAUAGGCCAGGAGAAUAUGGGCUACCACGCCGACCAGCCGGAGUCCGUCAUCACUGGAGAGGCAGCAUCGGCGGCGAAGGCCACCAAGGGUGGUGGGCAGGUGAUGCCCACUCAGGCCGCCUCGGCCGGAGUCGCCGACUAUUACAAGUCCACGGACAAGCAGCGGGAGCCACGUCGCGAUCCUCUACUCCGGCCAACGGAGGGUGGCCUGCCAGCCCUGGUUGCCUGGUACGUGGUCUACCCGAUUCACUUCCUCUGCAAGAAGACAAUGCCCGACUGCAGACAGGAACAGUAUCGCAACUGGUACCCAUUUACUUUCCUGAUGUCGAUGGUGUGGAUAUCGUUCUACUCCUACUUCAUGGUGUGGAUGAUCACCGUUAUAGGAUCCACGUUGGCCAUUCCGGACACCGUGAUGGGUCUGACGUUUGUGGCCGCUGGCGUGUCCGUCCCGGAUGCCCUAAGCUCAAUAGCCGUUAUCAAAGAGGGCUUCGGCGACAUGGCCGUGUCGAACGCAAUUGGCUCGAAUGUCUUUGAUAUACUAGUGUGCUUAGGUCUUCCCUGGUUCAUACAAACGGCCAUUAUAAAGCCCGGCUCGCACGUCAACGUAAUAUCCAAGGGACUAGCAUACUCCACGCUGUCACUCUUCUCCACCGUUGUCUUCUUGAUCCUUUCGACGCAUCUGAACGGCUGGAAGCUGGACAAGCGCCUGGGAAUUAUACUUAUGGUCUGGUACUUAUUCUUCAUUACGCUUGCGUCGCUCUACGAAUUGAAUGUCUUUGGCUACAUGAACCCACCCGAGUGCCCCAGCACAUACUAGAAACCCGACGAUGUCAACAACGCACGUAUAUUCGCAUUACCAGCACCAAGUACCAUAUACAUAUGGACAUGCAUGUAGAGUUAUUCAUAGCCACAGCUAAAACAAAACCAAAAACACUGCAAGAGCUCGAAAGGAAGAAGAAUAGGGAGGAACAUUUACCUAUGGUUAAUUAGAGGACAAAUUUAAUACUCAGAAAGCGUUUUACAUGGAUUUUUACAUUGCACCAAAAGAAAAAAAGAAAGAUAAACCAAAAAUAUUAUAUAAAUGUAAAUGUAUACUAUUUAUUAAUAUGUAUUUAAAUGAUACCUAGACAUCUAUCAACGUAUGUAAGGGAGAUUCUUUCUAAAUUGAGAAACCCUUUAAUGUUGUUUCACAUUGAAUUAAUUUUUAAUUAUUAGCAGGCCAUGUGUUUCGUAUUUACCUAAGGGGAGGACGUGUCAGCCAAUAGAUUCCUCCUGUGAAACCAAUUACCAAAAACAAAGGGGAUCAAAAAACACCCAUACUGUGGUUACGUAAUAUAUGGAAAAGCUCGUAGUAUAAACUCACUUUUCAAUUCUUGAAGACACAUUAAUAUUUACUGUUUUAUGUAUUAUGUGCUCUAUUUUAGGACCCUCAGAACUAGACCUCGGAUUUUGCAUAUAUGCAUACUUUUAUAGGAUAAAGAUUCCGAAAACACCAAAGUUCGUUUCAAUAAAAAUAUAGUUUAAAAAUAAUGGAAUAUUUUUUUUUUUGAAUAAAAUGCAUAUGCAUAAAAUAUGCAAAAUAUAAAAAAAACGCAACUAUUCAAGAUUGACCAUUUCAUAGCCAACCUAAUUUAGCCGAAGAAAAUUGUUUGUUCCUUUUUGUCAUUUCUGGGAUAUCUAAUUUUUUCCCAAAUUUAAGGAAACCCUAUUUAUAACGGGUGUUUUUUUAGAGGUAUAGAACUUUAAGUUGCAAUAAAACAACGAUGGAUUAUUCGAUUGACAUGAAUUUUUUUUAUUCGAAAGAUAAUCUUGUGGCAUUUUAUUUUAUAUAUGAUUUCUGGCAUAUGACCGCCACGGCUGGCUCGGAUGUAGUCCAAUCUGGACGUCCAAUUUUCGAUGACUUUUCCCAAAAUUUGCGGCCGUAUAUCGGCAAUAACACGGCAAUGUUGUCUUCCAAAUGGUCAAGCGUUUGUGGCUUAUCCGCAUAGACCAAUGAAUUCACAUAGCCCCACAGAAAGUAGUCUAGCGGUGUUAAAUCACAAGAUCUUGGAGGCAAAUUUACAGGUCCAGAACGUGAAAUUAGGCGGUCAACAAACGUGUCUUUCAAUAAAUCGAAAAAAAAUUGCACUAUUUGCAAGCGUUGUACAGGCGUGAGUCUAUUCAUGAUGAAUUGCCAAACCAAACUGAGAAUAUCGGAAUAAAUCGGUCGUUGAACAGUGAUGCCAACUUAAAGUUCUAUACCUCUAAAAAAACAACCUUUAUAUCAAACGAAUAGGCAAGAAGGCGGCCAAACUGCUCGUUUAAAUUGCUCGUCGUGUUUACUAAACGUUUCUUAGAAUACCAGAGGCAUGCAUUAAAAAUUUGAGCGUCCAGUUGUUUGCAUAUAUUUUUUGCAUAUAUUUUGAAUAUUUCCGAUAUGCAUUCUAAUUUAUAACAUUUGAAAAAUAUGACACCUACCUAUAAAUUUUGGUAAAAAUCGAACCAAAAAUGGACAAAUAUGCAAAAUUCGAGGUCUACUCAUAACUAACAUGAAAGGAAGCUAGCUUCGGCCAGCCGAAGUUUUUAUACUCUUGCAGAUCAUUAUUAAUAUACUAUUAACUUAAAAAACAUUAAAAAUAGAUUUUAGCUACUUUAGUAUAAUUUAGCCAUUAAUUUUUUUAUUCUUUCUAUGGCAGCUAUUUGAUAUAGCCGUCCAUAUUUUGUUAACUUAAAUUCCAAUUUUUUAAAUGUUAAAGAAAAGCUAUAUCCCAAAAAAGAACAGAAUGCAAUAUAUAACAACAAAAAUAUAAUUUUUUUCCUAUUAAUUUCCAUUUAAUUUUCCGACCGUUUCUAUGGCAGCUAUAUGAUAUAGUGAUCCAAUUUUUUUUUUAAAUUUAAUUCGAAAUUCAAAAAUAAUAAUAUUUCCAGGAGUUAAUUACAACGUAAUAUUUAAAAUAAAACACCGCAGAAGAAAGAAGAUUUUAGGGAAAGUUUCAUCCCGAUAGCGUAAAAACUGAGAGACUAGUUUACGUAGAAAUGGACAGACAGACGGACAUGGCUAGAU